AUGGCAGCAAACAUCAAAGUAAAAUACCAAUCAACCGUUCGUCGCCUAACAAUUCCAAACGCCACAACGAACUCCUGGAUAGAUUUUGAAACACAACUUCGCACAUUAUUUUCAAUUCCAGAAACUAAUCCGAUUUCAGUUUCUUAUACCGACGAAGAUGGAGAUGUUAUUACAUUAUCCUCAGAUUUAGAACUUUACGAAGUUAUUUCUAAUAAUAAUAAGUCGCCAUUCAAAACGUUGAGUUUUGUUCUUUCAACUGUUAACGACAGUGAUCAUUCCACCAAGAAUCCGGAAAAUGAUUCUUGGGUGUUGGAAGGAAAUGUUUCGCCAUAUAUAAUUGACAAAAAAGUUGAUGUUGAAGAAAAGCAAGAGACUGAGGCUACUGUGACAGGUGAAUCAGAAGAUUCGGAUAAAUUGACUAAUAAUAAUGAUGAUAGUAAAGAAUCAUCUGAUGAUGAAGAAUCAUUACGAAACGCAUCUCUGCCAGAUAAUUCUAUUCACCACCUUCAUACCACAAUCACCGACGAAACAGAUGAACCUGAAUUUGCACCUACGAUUACAACAGAAGAGAAUAAUACUGAAACUAUCAAAGACAAAGCAAAUGAAUCAAAUAAUGACAAUUCUUCUAAAGGUAAACAGAAACAAAUUUCAAUUGAAGAACCAACUGCUUCCAACGAUGAAACAUCAAAAAAAGAAGAAAACGAUUGGUUUAAAAUAUUUUACAAUAUUACUGCCGAACAAUCUACGAAUAGUGAUUCCGAAAAGAAUGCUACUAAUGAUAGUAAGAAUGCAGAAUCUUCUUCAACAGGAGCAAGAAGAAUUUUAUUAAAGAUUUCUUCACAGCCAACACAAAAUCAAUUCUCUUUUGUAACCGAUCCACUGCACCAUUUCUUCAUCUUAGAAACAAUUGCAAUCAUUGCAAUAAAGAUUCACGUACUUGUGAUUGUGCUCCCGAUUGCUGCCGUAGUUGUUCCCACUUUCUUUCUGGUACAUUUUCUGAAUAAGAUUACUACUCGCUCUUUUCACAGAGCUUGCGAUAAUAGAUGUUUUUUAGAGAGACAACAACGAUUAUGUGGGAAUAGAUAUAAUGAAGGAUAUAAUAGAGAGGCACCGGUUUUCUUUUAUCGUCGUCAUCAUUAA